AUGACGAAAAAGAAAGUUGCUACUAAUCAUAUUGAAAGGCAAAGGUUAGCUAGUGAAGAUUCAUCAGUUGAUUCGGUUCGUUUUCAGCAGUUUAUUCCAUUACAAGAGUUACUGAAGGAGAAAAAUUAUGUUCCAUCGGUAGAAAAUUUGGAGAGGGUCUUAUAUGAUGAAACCAUGUUUAAUGAUCAAAAAGUACGCUUUAAUCUAUUGCUUGAGGCUCUCAUAAUUACGUUGUUCACGACAAUUUCAGGGAAGUCAAUUUUACAAUUAAUUCAAAGUUCUACUUUGAAGGAAAGAAAACUCUGGGCCCAGUCCUUUGACAAUAACAAUACCAACUACGCUUCCAUAGUACAGAGUUGGAAAAAUAACGAUAUGCUACUCUUAAAAUUUUUAAGAUUUUUGUUAGCAAAUAAAACGACCUUUCUUCAAAUUGAUCGGUACAACCUUGCAGAAUACAAACUCCCGUUAAGCUUUUUAAUUGUUUCGAAGAUUAAUAUUCCGUCUGUAUUACUCAAUGAAGGGUAUAACUUGUUAAAAGACUACUUGUAUUCGAUAACUGGCCGUAUAGAGUGUUUGAUAAGGUGCAGUUCCGCAUUUGAUCGACCUGCAGGUGUCGUCAGAAGGAUCCUAAAAGAUUAUGAUAGAAUGGUAGAAUGCCGAAAUUUUAAUUUUUGGUAUUCAUUUAAUGCUGAGAACAGUGUGAAUCUUGAUUUUAGCGAUAGCAUUAGCCUUUUAAUGGACAAUGAUGAAGACAAUGUUGGGAGUGCCCUUGACGAUAGCCGUUUUAGGAACAAUAAUCAUCAAAAACAACCGAAGGAGGCAAUAAUAAGUCGAACAAUAAAUGAUCAGGAACAAAUAUAUUCAUUCGAGCUGAACCAAGAUGGAACGCUUGAAAUACCCAACGUCAUGGAGCAUUCUUUGCUGAGACAUGAGCUUCUUUUUAAAGUAUUAAACCUGACUCCGGUAUUGACGCCAUUGUUGGAACUGCAAUUUUCUACAUUAUGUGGUUUAGUAGAUCCGUUAAUGCAGCCUACUCCCAAUGAUAAACAUAUUAUAUCGAUAGACUUCCUUUUUCACCUGUUUUUGGGAUUAAUGUCCCCGUCAAUCAAAACUUCUCAAAAACAUAACGACCAUUAUGAUUGGAAAUUUUAUAUGUGCUUUAACAUGCAAAAAAUUAUUGACGCUACUAUGUUGAGGCUCAACUGCUUUGAUUUUAAUAUACUAAACUCGGUAAACAAUUCAGAUAAUGCAGUUCAUUGGAGUACGCAACUUCACAAAUGGCUACCACAUGGUCUGAAUACGCAAGAUUUGGAAUUACUUUAUAUGAUUGAUAUACUGGCGGUAUAUACCAUCUACAAACUGUAUGAAAAAAUACCGAUACAACUAAACCCGUUCUUAUUUUCAUUAAUAUCCUUAUGGAAAAACCUAUCCUGUGUUAUACUUUUGGCCCUAGAAAUUGAUAGAAUUGAAGAGGAAAAUGGCACUUACGAAACGCCACUCAUGGUUCGCGCCACAAUUCGUGGAGCCGCAGCAUUGAGAUCUGUAAUAGCUACUAUCCUUAAUGGAUUAGUGAAGAAUAAUGAACACGAUUUCAAGCACGAGUCCUUAAAUACAUUCAUGUCACCCUAUGGAAGAAAAUUGUGUCAUGGUGCUUUAUACGCCGAUUUAAGAUCACACACUGCAUCUUUACUUGCGCUUGGAGCAAGCAUCGAAGAUGUUACAGAUUUGUUUGCCGAUUUACAGUCAGGCGAUAGAUUUGAUGAGGAUAUUAGAUACAUGUUUGAUUAUGAAUGUGAAGAUUAUGAUGAAUCCUUCUCCGAAAGCGAGGAUGGAGGGUUGGAGGGAAGCGUUGUUAAUUCAAGAGAAAAAAUAAAAUCUGGCAAUAAUAAUGUUUUCUCUCGGAGAAGGUGUAAUUGCAUCUUCAAUGAUGAUAAAUUGGUAGCAGAAGAUGGCGCAAAUGAAGCCUUUGAGUCAACAAGUAGCGAAACCGUACAAGGUAGAGUGCAUACCAAUAGGGAUGUAAUGCCUAAUACCGCUACCGCCACUUCUGAUCGUGUUGGUUCAUUACCUAACCCACUUUCCGUUAGAUCAAGAAGCACUUUUGAAUUUGACUACAGUGGGGAAGAUUGGAGGGACGUUCCCAGAAAAUUUAAUAUGUACUAUUCACCAUCGUAUUCAUUCAUUCAUCAGCCUAAGUUAGAUGUCAUAUUUAGCUUGACUCUACGUGGCGCAACUGAAAAGUUGAAUAGAGAGGAGUCCAUGUUGUUAGUGCGUUCAGUUGCCUCGUGUGUAAGAAACGAGCAGGAUCAAAUGAUUUUAGCAGAUCUGGGGUCUAAUUUUACCACUAUAAGCGAGAUUGGUGAAGGUAAAGGAAGUACCGAAACUUUCAAGAAAGAUAAUGAAGAGCUCAGAAGAACAACGCCGGAUGAUAUUUAUGAAAUAUGGUCUGAAGAAUCUGCAUUUGAAAGGAUGCUAAACGUAAAUCACGAUGUCGCUUGGAGAUUAAUGGAUGAAAUGUUAAUGUGCACCGGCUAUAGGAGAAUAUUAAUAUGGUUCCUUACGCAUUUAGAGUUAAAACAUUCGUUGAUAUAUUACGUUUUCGAAUUGAUAAUGGGGUUGCGUGGAAAACCAUUUUCAGGAGAAGCCAAUGAUCAGGAUAAAAAGGACGAUAUGAUAUAUGAAAUCUUGAAGAAAAAGCAGAAGAACGAAGAUGCUUCAGGACUUCCAUUUUCAAGGCAAGGGCCUAUCGUAUUAUCUGAUAUUGAGACCAAAAUGCUACUUCAAGAGUUUUUUAUGAAUGCUGCUAUUUUUUUGUCAUCAAAGAAUAACGAAGAGGAUGAUGAAGACGGCGAGAAAGUCUCUUUGUACUCUCUCGGUUUAGUUAGGUUGAUCUGUUACAUGGUGCAGACACUCAUCGCGAACGACAAGUUUUUUUUCACCAAAUCAGAAUGCACUUUUGAGCUGCAAACUUUACUGAUGACGUGGAUUGGUAUCCUUCCCGAAGCCAAAGAUUUGUUCUUCAAAAUCAAAACAAGGCUCGCCAUGGAAGAAGACAAUAGUCCCGGUACUAUACAGCACGAUGACAGGAAAAACCUCAACACAGAAAAAAAGCUAAACACCAAGCCAGCUUCCGAACUGAAUGUGAAAUUGCUGAAUUUGUUCCCCUCAAAGCCUGCAGAGAGGGAUGAUAGUUCCCCUAUUAACACAUUGCGUAGUUUUAUUACUGAUUACUCUUUCGACACGCAGGUGAACCCUCCAGGAAGAAAAGUGGUGUUUUACGAUGGUAAGAUUUUGCCAUUGCCGAAGGCUGAUAAGCCGAUCCCACUUCAUGAAUAUAUAACACUCGCAGAGCUCGAUGUGGGGGACAUUGAGUGA